AAUAUAAGUAAUUUCGUAAAUUCUUCCGAAUAUUGUAAAAAUGUAAAUAUAGUUCUUAAGGAUAAAUUCGGCGUUAUAUACGUCGACCUUCCUAAUUUCUAUUAUAUUUUUUUCGGUUGGGUAGCAGGUUUAAUAAUAGUAUUAGAAGUUAUUUUUAAAAAGUAUAUAGAAAGUAUUAGCCUACUCUUCCGUAAUAGUUAG